AUGCGCCAUGUCACAGUCGGUUAUUUGGCUCGUCUGGAACAUCGAAUCCAAGAUAUUGAGGCUUCUAUUCGUAGACUGGAACAUAAUCAGGAAAAUCAUUCUCCUCAAACAGUCGUCAACGGCCCAGUCAUCAAUGGUUCACCAUCAGUUAUUAGUCAUGGUGAACAGGAAAUUGAUGCACCUCCUCCAACUAAAUCGGAGCUUCCAGUGCGUGCACACGCGCCAGUUCAUCAGGGGAGAGCCAAGUUUGGAGAAAUCGAAAUCGAUGCCUCAGAGAAUUCCAUUGAUGGGAUGGGAGCCAUUAACUUUACAGAUGAAGAAGAUUGCGGAUUCUUCGGUCCCUCCUCUAACAUCGCAUUCAUGCGACACAUCUCUCGAGCUAUUGCACGAGGGAAUCCACAUGGAAGCUGUGGUCCAUCACUAUCCUCGCCAGCCCAGAUUGGUGGCGGCAUGUUGAAUGUCUCACGAUCUCGUCCCUCGCCGGGUGAAUCCCAAGGACCUCUGACAUCUAAUAAAGCCGAGGUCAAUAUGUUCGCUCUACCACCAGAAGAACGCACCUGGAGUCUGAUCCGCGCCUAUUUUGGGAAAACUGGUCAACUCCUACCAUUCAUUCAUGAGGCAUCCUUUUGUGAGACGUAUUUUCGAAUGAAAGAAGAUAAUUUCAAACGAGUCCGUCGCACAUGGCUUGGCUUGCUUAACAUUGUUCUGGCUAUUGCCACUAGUCUCCAUACUGAGGGUGAUCUCCCUGCUGGUGCACGAAUCCAGGAAUCGGAUGUCUAUUUCCAGCGCGCGAAUGGGCUCUGUGAUAGGGAUUCCAAGCGACACGCCAGCCUUGAGAUGGUGCAAUACCUGUUAGUUCAGGGUCAAUAUCUACAAGGAACUCAGAAGUCGGUCCAGGCGUGGACUACGCAUGGUCUGGCUAUCUCUGCCGCCUUUCAGCUUGGUCUACACUCGCCGGAGGCUAAUCGGCGGUUCCCGCCCGUGGAGAGUGAAAUUCGCAAACGAACUUGGUUUGGGUGCAUUCUACUUGAUCGAACACUGAGCAUGACAUUCGGUCGGCCAUGCACUAUUCCGGAAUCCUACGUGAAACUGGAGAUGCCCGUGAAAGACAUGCAAGUUCUGGCGAGCACACCAAAGUCUGAUGCAUAUCCCCAAUUAGAUGGAUGGUUCUUUACUGCUGCUAUAAAAUUAUACGUUGUCAUGUUCAAUGUCCUCGACAAUUGCUAUUGUCAAAAUCUGGCAUUCGAGCACCCACUCACAACAGCAAGUGCUGUACCUCAAAUCCUCGAGGGCGAGCGCCAACUUGCAGAGUGGCGACAUUCAAUCGUGCCAUCUCUAGGGAUGAAGCUCUGGCAUGACCCCUUACUCGCUGAAGAUCUAGCGCAACUGGAUCCAGAAUCAACUAUCCGGCAUCGAUUUGGGAUUGUAUUAUCGGUGAGGUAUCACAAUCUUCGUAUCCUUCUCCACCGCAAGUUUCUGGAGGGGUUCUUGGAUGCGUACCAUGCCGAGGAUUCAGCAUCGCAGGAGAAUAAACUUGCUCAGCAGAUGGGAUUUACAGGCGUGCAGAAUUGCAUCGAGUCUGCUAGAUCUAUCAUAUCUACUGUUCACACCAUCACUUCGUCGGGUGGUUGGCAUCGAGGUCUUCUUGGUGCCUGGAACUACACUUUAUAUUACACAUUUAAUGCUGGUCUCGCCAUAUUCGGUGCUCUUUUGGUCUCUUCAAAAGAAAGUCAACAUAAUCCAGAUCAAUGGCGCUUUGUCGAGAGUUCACGACCGUAUCUUGAUCUCGCUGCAGAUGCAUUGCGCCAUCUUGAUUCGGGUAAUCGUGUCAUCGAGCGAUGUUAUGAGUACUUGACACAGCUUUCCAUGAUCCUCAGAGGCACUAUCGAUGAACGAACCACCCCAAAUAAUCCUUCUCUACAGGCUCCGAUGAGUGUUCCACAUCUCAUCUCACCACAUAAUACGGAGUACCCGAUGUGGUCGAAUUUAGAUCUUGGGGAAUUCAUGAUGGAUAAUGAUCUGGACUUUUUAGGGAAGGUGUUCAACUUUCAGCAUUCUCAUGACCCAAAUCAAACUAUGUAG